AUGACGUGGCCGCCGAGAAGAGGAUCAAGAGAAGCGCCAUACUUCGACAGCAGCAAGCUUGAGGAACUUCCGCGGUUCUUUGAAGACAUCGAGAUGUUAGCCGCCGACUUCCAGAAGGACGCCGAGUGGAUGUGCAAGCAAGUGACGUACUACGCAGCAACGAGCUGUAGCAGUUUGUGGGCUACCGUGCCCGAGUUGAAGAAGAAAGGAGCGCGCGAUUGGAGCAUCGUGAAAGAGGAGAUCAGAAAGCUCUAUCCGGAGCUGAUCGAUGGUCAACGCUACACGAGAGCCAAUAUCACGCGACUAGUCGAUGUGCAGAGUGAGAAGGAAAUGACGGUGCAGACAGAGUUUGGCCGCUACCGCCGCGAGUUCCAGGUGCAAGCAGAGUACUUGAAGGAGCAAGGGAAGAUGUCAGCACGCGAGUUAGACUGUGAGUUCUGGAGAGGGAUCAGAGGGACGCUGAGGACAAACCUGACGCAACGACUGGAGAUUCUCUAUGUGGACAAGGAUGCAAGCGAGCCGUUCAAAUUCGCCGAUGUAGUCAGGCUAGCGGACCACGUUCUUCUAGCAGGGCAGACAGAGGCAGGCCGAGACCAGACAGUGACGUUGCCAAAGGAGAAGCUAGAGAAAGAAGUAGGAGACAAGUAUGCGAAGAUUGUGAGGAAGCUCAAAGAGUUACAAGCCCAGGUCAACGAAGCAAGCAAGUCCAGGAAGAUGCUGAUGAAUCAAGCACACCAAACUGACCAAUCUGCCAAUUCCGGUGUCAUUCUAAGACUCAAGGUGUCAGUAGGUGGAAUAUCAAUGGUGAUGCCAGUUCAUGUAGUAAAGGACACAACGUUUGACAUGAUAAUUGGGAGGCUGUUCUUCACAUUAACUGAGUACAAGACAAAGGAUUUCAAGGACAGUAAUCAGAUUUUGACCUUGACAGACCCAGCAGAUCAGAACCAGAAGUGUCAGGUUGAGACCCAAGCAGCUGUUGGAUGA